CGACAGAUGAACCAGGCCGACCAUCUCCUUCGCUGCUGCUUGCCGUGAUGCGCUCCCGCUGGAUCUGUCUCGCCGUCCUCCUUGGGGCUGCUGCGUCCCUGGGCUCGGCCUCGCCCAUCGCCGUUGCCUGUCCGUCCGACUCGGUCCGCAGCGCGGAUGCCUGUGUAUGCUUCGGCGGGAACCGCUGGGAUCCCGUUCACAACCUGUGCUGCUCCGACGCCGGCACGCCUGGAUGCGCUGUUUCCGAAUACUACGAUUGUCUCUCCAACCAGUGUGUGCCGCAGCAUGCAGUGCAGGGCUUGGCUCGCCUGGGAAUCCAACAGCGCCUCCAGCGCCGAGUCCCCAAAUCGGCCAAGCACCACGACGACAGUACCGCUGCUAAUGGCGCCGAAGAGGAGGAAGAAGAAGAAGAAGACCAUGACCACGACGACGAUGACGACCGCAACCACGACGACGAUGACGACCAUAACCACGACGACGACGACGACGAAACCAUCAAGAACGAAGCCAUCAACGAUGAAAUUGUCAACACCGACGACGAAGCUAUCACCGAUGACGAUAUCAUCAACGACACUCCCGAUGCCAGCAACGACACUCCCGAUACCAGCAGCGACAGUACCCAGCCGUCCACCCGUGCAUCAAAGCCCAAGGUCGUCCAAAAGACCAUGCAGAUCGGUGGAUACAAUGUCGUCUACUAUACCACAGCGACCUCGGGCACAGCCGUCACCAAGGCCGUCUUGGUCCUCCACGGCGUUGCCGGUGACUCGCUUUCGACCGUCCAGACCGUGGCCAAGCUCUUUGCCAGCUCCAGUGUCGUUGUGCUGGGUCCACACUUUUACACCAAGGAUGCCCAGUUCACCCCCAGUCCUCUCCCGUCCAACCCCCUGACCUUCAGCUCCGCCAACACCUGGAUCUCCGGCCAGAGCGCCUCCAACGACGACAGCAUUUACUCGUACGAUAUUCUGGAUACUCUCGCCCAGCUCACCAAGAAAUCAUUCCCGAACCUGCGGACACUUGCCUUUGUCGGCCACUCGGCCGGCGCUCAGGUGCUCCAACGCUACGCCGGCGCCACCACGAUCGGAACAUCUGCCGGCCUUGGUAUCAGCGUCCGCUACAUCGUGUCCAGCCCAGGAACCUACAUGUACCUCGACACAAUCCGUCCCAAGACCACGCUCGUCAGUCAGCGGCCCAGCAUUUGUCCAAGUGCCUCGAACUGCAAAAUCCAGCAGGCCGACUACUCCAGCCCGACCAGCCAGCAAAUCUCCACCUGCCCUGACUUCAACACCGAUAAAUACGGCCUUGAGGGCGACUCCAGCGAUCCAAGCUAUGUGACCCGAGCCGGAGCCGUGCGUGUUCGUGCCCAGCUCCCCAAGCAGACCAUUACUUACAUCUACGGCUCCAAGGACACCACCGUCGACUCCAACCUCGAUACCAGUUGCGAGGCCAACAUGACCGGCAAGACUCGGCUUGAUCGCGGUCUGAUUUGGUUCUCGUACAUGCGACAGCUGUACCCCGCGUCGACUUCGAGCCAGUCCGUCCAAGAGGUGAACUGCCCUCACUCGGCGACGUGUGUCUACAGCUCUUCCCAGUUCCAAAAGGCUCUGCAGUAAUACGUAGAGGACGCAGAUUUUGUCGACAAAGUGCGAGCUGUGGUGUGUUGGCUGCCAGACACCGCCUCGAGGCCCUAAUCCACGUUCCAGAAAAGACACAGUCUCCCAUUGCCCUUUACGGCUGUAUAGGCCGCUCGUUAUCGUCCUACAAGUGAUCCUUCUCCGUCGCUGCAGUCUCCUGUUCUUGAUGCUCCGCGAUAGACCACGCCCCCAAAGUUGGAUACGAUAUUGACUCUGAGUGAGUCUUAAUCCUCUCCCCUCUUCACCUCGUGUUUGUGCCUUCUCUCCCCACCUUACGUACUUCCCUCAUAUACUCGAGGUCCCACCCUCAAUCAUCCGUUCCCACGAACGAAGCCAAACGAAACCAAACCAAAAACUAAAGCGACCCCGUCUGGCUCUGUCGGCGAGAUGCUGGGUUUCAUCUCCGCGUCCAGAGUUCCGUUCACCGUCAUUGAAUAUAGUCCCUGAAAACAAAAA